AUGAAGCUUCUUUUCCUUCUCCUCACCAUCCUUCUGGCUGUGGGACCAGUGGUGCCAGAGAGGUGCUGGAUGGGAGGAUACUGCAGAUUGGUGUGCCAAGACAAUGAAGACACCAUCUCACGUUGCCGAAGUCGUAAGCGGUGCUGCGUUCUUGCUCGCUACUUAACCAUCAGGCCGUGA